UCCCCUAAUAUGUCAUAUUCUCCACUUACAGGAUUACUGACAACUUGCUAGCUAUGGCAAGGCCUUCCACAGAAAUCAUAGAGAAAUAUAAUAUAAUUGAACAGUUUCAAAGGUGUGGAUUGAAGACGGUCAUCAACCUGCAGCGGCCCGGAGAACAUGCCAGCUGUGGAAACCCACUUGAGCAGGAGAGUGCUUUUACUUAUAGACCGGACACCUUCAUGAAGGCAGGCAUUUAUUACUACAACUUCGGCUGGAAGGAUUAUGGUGUGGCCUCUCUGACUACAAUCCUUGACAUGGUAAAAGUAAUGUCAUUUGCAGUCCAAGAGGGGAGAAUGGCUGUCCACUGCCAUGCAGGUCUUGGAAGAACAGGUGUGCUGUUAGCUUGUUACUUGGUUUUUACAUCCCGGAUGAGUGCUGACCAGGCCAUACUGUUUGUGCGAGCCAAGAGACCUAACUCCAUUCAGACAAGAGGCCAGUUGUUGUGCGUCAGGGAGUUUGCCCAGUUCCUUGUUCCUCUCCGAAGCAUCUUCUCCUGCGCAGAACCCAAAGCCAGCGCUGUCACCUUGUCCCAGUACCUUACACGGCAGCGUCACCUGCUGCACGGCUACGAGGCUCGACAGAUGAAGAAUGUGCCAAAGAUCAUCCAGCUGGUGUGUAGGCUCCUUGUUGACAUUGCAGCCAACAGACAGGUGGUGAUGGAGGCGCAGAUCCAUGACCUAACAGCUGAGUUGGAAAAGACCGUGUCCCAGCAGGCCCUUCAGCAGCUCGGCAAGGAGAUGAGAGGGAAAGGGAUUACUGUUCGACCUUGUUCCUCUGUUCCUCUCAGCCCACCUGCUCUGCAUUCCAGACCUUCACCUGAUAAACCUCUGACCAGGGAUAAUGAGCUGCUCCAUCUGCAGGCAUCCCUGUCCAACUACAGGAGCCUCAGUUACAGCGAUUCGGUUCUUGACAAACGUGUACAACAGCAACAGCACUUAGGACCUCUAAAGAGCAACAAACCAAUCAACUGCCGGAUCAAACAUUCCUUGUCUCACAGCAGCCUUACAGUCGGUGUCCCUGCAAGAUUUGAUGACUUUUCUCCUCAGGACAUUAUCAGCAGCAUUCAGGGCUCCAAUAUGGAAGCAAAGCAAGACAAUGGGUCCUCUUUGUUCAAAAAGCAACUGCAUGAGGGGCACCAGAGUUUGUCUCUAGAUCUGUCCAAGCAGGCAAGAAAAUCUCAGUGUGCUGCCACACUGCCGGCAUUGUCAAACCGCAGUGAGGUGGAUGUGUCAGCGGGUGGAGCAGACAUCAGUGUCCAGUCUGAUCUUUCUCCAGAGGGAAGAUGCCUGCUGGUGGCCCAAGCUCUGGCCAUGGACCAGGCAGACAAGGAUUUCACCUCCAAGGUCUCAAUAUGGCAGACAGAACUGAACUCAAGAGAGGGAUCGUGGGAGAGGCUGUGUAUGGAGAGAGAUCCUUGUGUCCUCUCCGCUCUCAUGUGGUCGUGGAUAGAGCAGCUCAAGGAUCCAGUCAUCAGCCGUGAGGAUGUGAAAGCCCUGAGGAAGAACCAUAAGAACCCACAGAACGCCCUGGACUCACUGGAAAAGGUACCCUACUCUGGCUUCUUCCACAGCAUCACACAGCUGUCUAACACU